AUCACAUCACUCACACACGCCAACACACAACUACAACGACACCACUUGAUCUCAUUAUAAACGACAUCUUCCCUCCCCUUCUCUUCCUUCUCUUUCCCAAUCUCUCCCCUCCCUCCCUCUUCCUCCCCCUCUCCCAUUGCAUGGCAGUCAUCAAUCACAAGUCACCACCAGCACAGCAACUCCACCCCACAUCACUCCACUUUUAAGCCUCGUCGCUCGCCACCGCCUCGCUCCCGCGUCCGACCGCCCACCGUGCCGUCUCAACAAGUACCCUCCGGUACCGGUCCAUCUACUACCAUCUUGAAGCGUUCGCGUGACUCGCUGUCCCCUAUCAAUACCGCAACUGGCCAGCCAAAGAGCUCAAAGAGAGCACGCGCACAAGCAUUACCCUCUCCAGCCGGCGCCCCUUCCCAGACCUUAUCUCCACCAAAGCCUCACUCCAACAUGUCGUCGGACGGCGAGGACGACUUCAUGUACGACGACGAUGACGCUUUCGACGACGACAAUUACAUGGACCAAGACUUGGACUCGGAGUCUGAACCUGACGUCUUUGAUGCCAUCAGUCCCACGGUCGAGGCUCACCUCGUUACAGAGGCUCCGCAGAAGAAGCCUUACGAUGUCGCAUACAAGGUGCGCUCUCCCAAGGAGAUCUUAGACAUGCAAUCGAAAGAGAUUCGAAAGAUUCAGACGCUACUAGAGGUUCCCGCAUCCACCGCCGCCAUUCUCCUCCGUCACUACGCCUGGAAUGGAGAGAAACUACAAGAAGAGUUUUGGACCGACCCCGCCAAGGCUCUGGGCGAGUCGGGUCUCUCUCCCCCCGGUUCCCCAAGCACCUCGGUUGCCUCGUUGCCACCACUGUCACCACUGAAGAGCCGCAACCCGUUCAAGAGAACACGCAGCUCACAGAAUGUGCCAUUCGAGUGCCCAAUCUGUUGCAACGAAUACCCAGCAUCCGAGUUUGAUACGGCAACAUUCAGCCUUGGCUGCAAUCAUCGUUUCUGCAGAGAAUGCUGGGGAGAGUACAUCACCGGCAAGAUCAAGGGCGAAGGCGAGAGCGCUCGGAUCCAGUGUAUGGAGAGCGGGUGCAACCGGGUGGUCAGAGAGGAGGCUGUUGAUGAGCUGGUGCCUGCUGAUGUGUCAACUCGCUACCAUGAGUUACUCAACGCGGCGUAUGUCUCCGACUCGCCAAAUUUGCGAUGGUGCCCCCACCCGGGCUGCGAGUACGCGAUCGAGUGCUCACAAGCGCCACCACGAAUGCUUAACCAGCUUGUUCCAACGGUGGUUUGCAACUGCGGCAACUCGUUAUGCUUUGGAUGUGGCUACAAUGCCGACCAUCGGCCAGUCCUCUGCCGCAUCGUCAAGCUGUGGGAGAAGAAGUGCGCCGACGACUCGGAGACUGCAAACUGGCUCAACGCGCAUACCAAGGAGUGCUCCAAGUGCCAGUCGACCAUUGAGAAGAAUGGAGGUUGCAACCACAUGACUUGCAAGAAGUGCAAAUACGAGUUCUGUUGGGUCUGCAUGGGUCCGUGGUCCGAGCACGGCACCAGCUGGUACCAGUGCAACCGCUACGACGAGAAGUCAGGAGUCAACGCCCGCGAUGCUCAGGCAAAGAGCCGCCAGAGUCUUGAACGAUACUUGCAUUACUUCAACCGAUGGGCCAACCACGAGCAGUCCGCCAAGCUCGACGCCGACUUCUACAAGAACACUGAGAAGAAGAUGGAGCAAAUGCAGAACAACAGCCACGGCAGCCUGUCGUGGAUCGAGGUCCAGUUUGCUCGUGACGCUGUGAGCGUGGUCAUCAAGUCGCGUAUCCUUCUCAAGUGGUCGUAUUGCAUGGCAUUCUACCUCAAGCGCAACAACAUGACCGAGCUGUUCGAGGACAACCAGCGUGACCUCGAGCGAGCGGUCGAGAACCUGAGUUACAUCCUCGAGUCGAACAUGAGCGAGCAGCCCAUUGAGAAGCUUCGUCAGGAUGUGACCAACCAGGCGGCAUAUGUUCAGAAGCGUCAUGAUGUCCUUCUCGACGACACGCUGAAGGGCUACCUUGAGCGGCGCUGGGAGUUCACCGUGGACACUUGAUGACCUGAGGUCUAUACCCAUGCGUCGUAGAUGUCCAGAUGCAGCAGCCUAUGUAUAAUAUGUUCACAG